ACACGGGAGCGGUCCGCACACCUGAGCCGCCCGGAGAGGAGCCGCGCCCCCGCAUCCAGUAAGAGGAGGAGGAGACUAAGCAGGCAAAAGGAGUCAUGGCUUCUGAUGCUAGCCAUAUGCUGGAAGCUGCCCUGGAGCAAAUGGAUGGCAUCAUUGCAGGAGCUAAAACAGGUGCAGAUAUAAGUGAUGGUACUUGUGAACCUGGACUGUCUUCUCCGGCCUCCUACGUGAACCCCUUCCCAGUGCUCCAUCUCAUCGAGGACUUGAGGCUGGCCCUGGAGAUGCUGGAACUUCCUCAGGAGAGAGCAGCCCUCCUGAGCCAGAUCCCAGGCCCAACAGCUGCCUACAUAAAGGAGUGGUUUGAGGACAGCAUGGUAAAUCACCACAGUGCUGCUAGUAAUGAAACCUACCAGGAACGCUUGGCACGUCUAGAAGGAGAUAAAGAGUCCCUCAUAUUACAGGUGAGUGUCCUCACAGACCAAGUGGAAGCCCAAGGAGAGAAGAUUCGGGACCUGGAAGUAUGUCUGGAAGGACACCAGGUGAAGCUCAAUGCUGCUGAAGAGAUGCUUCAACAGGAGCUGUUAAGCCGCACAUCUCUUGAGACCCAGAAGCUUGAUCUGAUGUCUGAAGUAUCUGAGCUGAAGCUCAAGCUGGUUGGUAUGGAGAAGGAGCAGAGAGAACAGGAGGAGAAGCAGAGAAAAGCAGAGGAGUUACUACAAGAGCUGAAGCACCUCAAAAUUAAAGUGGAAGAGUUAGAAAAUGAACGGAAUCAGUAUGAAUGGAAGCUGAAGGCCACUAAGGCUGAGGUAGCCCAGCUGCAAGAGCAGGUAGCCCUGAAAGAUGCAGAAAUUGAGCGUCUACAUAGCCAGCUCUCCCGGACCACAGCCCUCCACAGUGACCAUGCAGAGCGAGACCAAGAAAUUCAGCGUCUGAAAAUGGGGAUGGAAACUUUGCUUGUUGCCAAUGAAGAUAAGGACCGUCGGAUUGAGGAGCUUAUGGGACUAUUAAACCAGUAUCGAAGGGUGAAGGAGAUCGUGAUGGCAACUCAAGGGCCUUCAGAGAGAUCUCUCUCAAUCAAUACAGAAGAACUGGAGGGAAGUUUCAGAAAGUGGAACACUGCAAAUAAAAGCCCCGAAGAAUUAUUUAAACAGGAGAUGCCUCCAAGAUGUAGCUCUCCCACUGUGGGGCCACCUCCACUGCCACAGAAAUCUCUGGAAACCAGGGCUCAGAAAAAACUCUGCUGUAGUCUAGAAGACUUGAGAAGUGAAUCUGUGGAUAAGUGUGUCGAUGGGAACCAGCUCUCCCCAGUGGUAGAACCCAAGCUUUCAGGAGCCACGCCCAAUGGAGAGGCGGCCAGAUCAACUCCCACCGCCUCCCAGCCUGACCCCACAGGGAGCAGCCUGCUGAUGCUGAGAGACACAGAAAGUGGCUGGGACGACACUGCCAUGGUCAAUGACCUCUCAUCCACGUCUUCGGGCACUGAGUCCAGUCCUCAGUCUCCUCUGACGCCAGAUGGUAAACGGAGCCCCAAAGGCAUCAAGAAAUUCUGGGGCAAAAUCCGAAGAACUCAGUCAGGAAAUUUCAACACUGACACACCAGGCAUGGCAGAGUUUCGACGAGGUGGGCUCCGGGCUACCGCCGGGCCAAGACUUUCUAGGACAAGAGACUCCAAGGGACAGAAAAGUGACACCAAUGCCCCCUUUGCCCAGUGGAGCACAGAGCGUGUGUGUGCGUGGCUGGAGGACUUUGGCCUGGCUCAGUACGUGAUCUUUGCCAGGCAGUGGGUGUCUUCUGGCCACACGUUACUGACAGCUACCCCUCAGGACAUGGAGAAGGAGCUAGGAAUUAAGCAUCCUCUUCACAGGAAGAAGCUGGUUUUAGCAGUGAAAGCCAUCAACACCAAGCAGGAGGAGAAGUCUGCUCUGUUAGACCACAUCUGGGUGACACGGUGGCUGGAUGAUAUUGGCUUACCCCAAUACAAAGACCAGUUUCAUGAAUCCAGAGUUGAUGGACGAAUGCUGCAAUACCUGACUGUGAAUGAUCUACUCUUCUUAAAAGUCACCAGCCAACUACAUCAUCUCAGUAUCAAGUGCGCCAUUCAUGUGCUGCAUGUCAACAAGUUCAACCCCCACUGCCUGCAUCGGCGGCCAGCUGAUGAGAGUAACCUUUCUCCUUCAGAAGUUGUGCAGUGGUCCAACCACAGGGUGAUGGAGUGGUUGCGAUCUGUGGACCUGGCGGAGUACGCACCCAACCUUCGAGGGAGUGGCGUCCAUGGAGGUCUCAUUAUCCUGGAGCCACGCUUCACUGGGGACACCCUGGCUAUGCUUCUCAAUAUCCCACCACAAAAGACGCUCCUCAGACGCCACCUGACCACCAAAUUCAAUGCCCUGAUUGGUCCUGAGGCUGAACAGGAAAAGCGAGAGAAAAUGGCCUCACCGGCUUACACACCACUGACCACCACAGCCAAAGUCCGGCCAAGAAAACUAGGAUUUUCACAUUUUGGAAACAUAAGAAAAAAGAAGUUUGAUGAGUCGACGGACUACAUUUGCCCAAUGGAGCCCAGUGAUGGUGUUGAUGACAGUCAGAGGGUCUACGGUGGCUACCGGGGCCUCAGCCCCCUUGGUGCCCCUGAACUGGAUGGGCUGGACCAGGUGGGACAGAUUAGCUGAUGCCCUUGUCACCUGCCCCCUCUGUGCACCAUGAGAGCUCACAGUAAUACCGUGUGUGUCACCUUAUAACUGCACCUCACCCUCUGCACAUGUGCAUGACUCGCAGAGAACAUUCCAGCAAUUGUGUACCCCUGGGCCAGUCUCUCUUGGAGCCCUGAGGAUGGAUUUGGAGUUGCAUCUCUGCUAAAGCACCAGGCUUUGGGGACUGUUGCCAAAGGUGGACUCAGGAGGAAAGACGCUUUUACAGUUUUAGUAAUUCUUAAUGUCCAUCUUCAGCACCAGUGGACUCUCGUGAACUUGGACACAGGUCCAGAGACCGGGACAAUCCCGAGGGGCUCAGCUGUCAGGAACCUCCCAUGUGCUUCAGUGGAGGGAACAGCUCAAGUGCCUUAGGCCUGUGGGCCACAGUGUUGGCUGAGAUCAAAGGGAUGAGCAGCAGGGAUUUUUGCCACAGUGACAGUGUAAUUAUGUUGUGCCUCACGACAGAGGUGGCUGCUUCUUUCUGGUAAAUAAAUAAAAUAUUUAUGUAGAAAGCAAA